GCCACCGUCAAUGACGCGCAUCAAAACUAGAGGCGCUGUGCUGUGGAGCAAGUCAGCAGUCACCCGAGUAAUGGAGGUCGCAACGUGCACGGGCUGUACCACCGACGGUACUGUACCGGAUAGCUCGCAAGCCGAGCUCAGGGAUAAAUACCAAAGUACUGUUAAUUUGAGGAGUAGUUGGCUUGAGGCACGUGAGUCGCGGGGGUCGCGUCAGAACUUUCCUAGUUGGUCUCACUUGCUCAAAGUUUUGGUUGCACUCCGUUGCUGUCUUUCGUUCCCCCCUCUCACUACUCGCCCUCGGUGGCAUUCUCUCCUUACCGUCGACGUCGUCCUGGAUGGCGGACUAUCCUCCUAUGGACCCUUACAAAAGGUCCAGGUACGAACACCAUGGGAUAGACGCAAAAAUAGUGGUCAUGGGCAACACGGGUGUUGGCAAGACCAGCCUCCUCUUCCGGUACACUCAAAACAGGUUUGAUCCCAGGAAUAUGACAUCCACCACCGGGGCUUUCUUCGUCACCAAGAAAGUCUAUGUUGACGGGUUGAAGGUCUCUCUACAACUGUGGGACACUGCGGGCCAGGAGCGAUUCCGAAGCAUGGCCCCAAUGUAUUAUCGAGGAGCCAACGCUGCCCUCCUCUUGUACGAUAUCACGAACGCUGCCUCUUUUGAUGAUGUACGGGGCUGGUUGGAAGAAUUGAAGAAGAAUUGUUCUCCGGACCUUAUCAUCUAUAUUGUUGGAUCCAAAGCCGACCUACACCGGCAACGUCAGGUCACGUCAGACCUUGCACGCCUCUCUCUACAUAAUUGGUUCCCUCCUCCAAGGCCACCAUCCCCACCGCCUCCCCCACCGCCUUCAUCUACAUUCCCCUACAUCCGCCCGAGGUUCACAUCCUUCACCAGUAUCCGAUCCGUUCCCCUCAACAACACUCCCACCAAAUCCUCCCCACCACACAGUGCUUCUUAUCUUGAUCCUGCAGUCAGCACAACGCCAGCAUUGCAACACAGUAGUGUCGGGUUCUCUCGUUCUAAAACUACUGGUGGAUUAUCGCAACACAAGUCCAAGGCAACAUCUCUCCACAGAUCGCGGACCGUUGUCGAAACGGCGAGAUCUGAUCAAUCCCGAUAUGGUUCCCAUUUCGGAAGAUAUGGGGGGAAUUGGAAUGAUGCGACCGAGACAAGCAGCAACAGUCUCCCUGAGGACGAAGAGUUUGAAGAUGACCAAGAAUGGGGCCUUGAGAAGGGCAUGGAACUCUUCGAAGUCUCCGCCAAAGACGAUCUCGGGAUCCAAACGCUCUUUGAUUCGCUUAUCGCUGCAAUCAUAGAGAGACGGGAUGCCAUCGACCACGAGAACGAGCUCAAGAAGCGGGACAGUGUUUUCUUAUCGCCUACGAGCACGCCUACCUGCGAUGGCCAGGGUGGAGACGAGGCCCUGGAGAAGAUGCGUGUCUCUGGGGGAUGGAGCUGCUGUUCUUCGUGAUGAAGCUGUCACGGCAGUUCGGCCCGCAUCCCCGCUGUCAUCUUCCGUCCUGUUCAUAUCAUUAAUAACUCAUGCUGUCUUCCUCUAUUUGUCCUCCCACACACAAGCCGCUAUGUCUACUACGAGUCCUAGGUUACAUUGACAUCUACGCCCAACCUGUUCAUUUUUGCCGUCUACCAUUAUUGACUUGACUUAUCCUUUCAUACCAUAUUCAUUACAUUAAGUAGAUAUGUCCAUAGUCACUUCUGGACUCCCAGCAACUUUCAAAUCUGGCACGGUGAUGGUGUGAUAUUAG